AUUAUUUGGAUAAUUUAACCAAAAUGAAAAUUGGUUCAAGGAAAAAAAUUCUCAACGUAAGUGAGAUCGAAUCACUGGGGCUGAGGCACGUUCGAGAUUUCCAUCUAAGAUUUGCUUACCUUUCAUUUUCUUCUGCUAAAAUAUUUUAUUAGUUCUCUACGUCUCAACUUCAAUUACCAAAGCUCCAACAUCAAAGACCAAAACGACGGUUAGAUAAAGAACCGCCGGCGAUGAAGAUAAUGGUAGCCGUAAAGCGAGUCGUGGACUACGCUGUUAGGAUUAGAGUCAAACCCGACAAGAGUGGGGUUGAGACCCAGAAUGUGAAGAUGUCGAUGAAUCCGUUUUGCGAGAUAGCUUUGGAAGAGGCUUUGAAAAUUAAGGAAGCUGGGUUGGCUAAGGAGGUCGUGGCGGUUACUAUGGGACCCGCGAACUGUGUAGAUACUCUGCGGACGGGUCUAGCUAUGGGUGCUGAUAGAGGGAUCCACGUGGAAGCUGCUCGUGAAUUGGUUCCUCUCACUGUUGCUAAGGUUUUGAAGAGGCUUGUUGAGGUUGAGAAUCCUGGGUUGCUCAUUCUUGGAAAGCAGGCAAUUGAUGAUGAUUGCAAUCAAACAGGGCAAAUGAUAGCUGGGCUGCUUGGAUGGCCACAAGGAACCUUUGCUUCAAAGGUUGUGCUGGACAAGGAGAAACAGGUGGCAACAGUAGAUAGAGAGGUGGACGGUGGUCUUGAAACAAUCUGUUUAGACUUACCUGCUGUGAUCACCACUGAUUUAAGACUGAACCAGCCAAGAUAUGCGACACUUCCCAACAUAAUGAAGGCAAAAUCAAAGCCCAUAAAGAAGUAUACUUCAGAAGAGUUGAAUGUGGAAAUCAAAUCUGAUUUAGAGAUUGUUCAAGUCACAGAACCGCCCAAGAGAAAAGCCGGAGUAAUUCUAUCAUCUGUUGAUGAACUGAUCGACAAGCUUAAAAAUGAAGCUCAUGUAAUUUGAAAAUUUCUCACUUCUCUGACAAAUGGUCUAAGCUGAUUGUCAACUUUUUCAAAUAAUUGAUGACCCUGAACCGAAAAAUAAAAGUUCACUGCAAUGAAAGUCUAUAAACUUCUUGUUCAAUAAAGUUUUCAGAAAUCCCUGUCUGCCUUUAGUUAUGUUUUGUAUUUUUCUGAAAGGUUGAUAUGAUUCUCCUUUUGGAGAAUCGCAUAAUUCAGGUUUUUGAUGGAUGAGUUGUUCUCAACUGUUGAUAGUCUGGUUGGGUUGGACCAAGCUCUGAGGUUUUUCUUACUUUUGAAGUUUACACCUUAGCCCAAUAUUUAAUACAUACCCUCCUGGUUUUCUCACUUUAUUUAUUGAUGGUAUAAGAAAAUGCCAUUAUUGGCUACUCCCCAUUGAAAAUUCAGUGGCGGCUGGGGGAGUCUUUCCUCUUGAAUUGAUUGUACUAGCCUAGUGCUAGUGUCCAUUAUCCUCUUCCUAUAAAACCGAUUGCUGAGAUGUAUAUGUCACGUCAUCGUUAUCACUUUUCUAUAAAAUCAAUUUAUCGAGGUGUGCAGUUCUCACAUUUUCAUUC